AUGUACAAGGCCGUCAUCCUGUCGACACUACUGUAUGGAGCGGAGACUUGGACGGUGUACGCAAAGCAGGCACGUCGACUAAACCACUUCCACCUCAGCUGUCUUCGUCGCAUCCUGAGGCUGAAGUGGCAGGAUCGAAUCCCCGACACUGAUGUGCUGGAACGGACGGGAAUCCUCAGCAUCUACGCCAUACUGAGGCAAAUUCAGCUGCGCAGGAGCGGCCACCUGGUGCGCAUGGAUGACGAGCGACUACCCAAACGACUCUUCUACGGAGACGUCGCGACGGAUUCUCGUCGUCAAGGAGGCCCAAUUCGUCGAUACAAGGAUACCCUGAAGUCCUCCCUGAAGCUACUGCAAAUCAACCCGACCAACUGGAAAGAGCUCGCCUGCGAUCGUCCGGCAUGGAGGAGAACAGUGAAGACAGGCGCUGCUAUCCACGAAGCCAACCGCAUCGCUGCCGCCAAAGCGAAACGUGAAGCCCGCAAAUCACAACUUCGCCCAGUAAGCAACGCCGCCGCACAACCGCUUCCAACGUGUCCUCGAUGUCAACGGACAUUCCGGGCUCGAAUCGGACUUGUUGGACAUCUCCGAACCAACUGAACCUCUCGAACUGCUCCAGCCAUCGUCCCCCCGCUUGCCUCUUCCUCCUCCUCUCCGCCGCCAACUUACCCUGACAAUUCUUCUGACCCACCACUUCCAUCCUCCUCCUCCCCCUCCUCCUCCUCCUCCUCCUCCUCGCCCACUGCUCCAACGGCGGCCACUCAGGCGACUGUCCCGCGCACAGCAACCGACAAUACCACCACCUCCCUUGAUUCCAGGGAUGAGGAUCAGGACUACACCUGCCCUCACUGCGACCGUACCUUCACCUCACACGUCGGCCUGGUCGGUCACUUGCGAAUCCGUCGCACAGAGACUGGCGAACCAGUGCGUGAAGCACCAACCUACACCCACCGCACUCGCCUCCACUGCCCACACUGCCCUCGCACCUUCAGGCAUCUCAUGGGCCUUUUCGGCCACAUGCGCAUCCACGAGAGCGGCCUUAACCGCACUCCCGACACAACCACCACAUCCAACACAUCCACCGUGCACACCCCCACCCUCGUUCCAUCCGUCCGCGCCACCACCACCGCCUCCUCUGUAGCUGACACUGACACCGCCGACUUCUCAUGCCCACACUGUCCGCGCACAUUCACCUCACGCAUCGGCCUGGUCGGUCACUUGCGAAUCCAUCGCACAGAGACUGUCGAACCAGUGCCUGGAGCACCCACCUAUACCCACCAAGCUCGUCUCAACUGCCCACACUGUCCUCGCACUUUCAGGCAUCGCUUGGGCCUAUUCGGCCACAUGCGCAUUCACGACGACCUGCGGUAUACCACCGCCGGCAAACCACACAUUCACUCACUCCCUACCUCCUCCACCACCACUAUCACUCCACCAGAUUUCAACACUCACACACCUCAUGCACCCAACUGUCACCUCCCACGCAAGUGGGAAGUGUGCAUCUCGACUCGGUCCCCAUGCGGCUUCGGCUGCACGGGUGACUUGAGUCCGGGACUAUCCCGACACGUCAAGCGUCGUGGAUAG